ACUUUUUCCUCCCCUUCUCCGCAACCAAAAUCUUUGAUUUUGUCCUCGUCAAAAUCCUCAGUCCUCCAUUUUAGCUGUCCCCUUCAAACGCAAAUAAACCCUCUCUCUCUCAUCAAAAACCACCACAACAACAACUCUCUCUGUCUCUCUACACAGCACAAAUUAACGUUUCCAUUUUCCUUACACAACCACAACAUUCUAGCUCUUAACCUUAAUUCUUGACCCUCUUUAAUCUGUCUUAAACGACAAAGGAAGAGCCAGAAUAUUAGACCAUGGAAGCGCCGGAAUUGUAUGGGACAACUGGGUUUUGCAGCUCACAAUUCACUAGUAAUGAAAAGCACCAUUCUCUGGACUCUAAUAAGCCCAUUGGUGGUGGUGAUCAUUUCAUUGUUGAAGACCUUUUGGACUUCUCCAAUGAAGAUGAGGAUGCCAUGGUAACUGACCCUAGCAAUAACAAUAUCGUCACUCCCACCACCAACUCCACGGACUCUUCCACUGUGACUUUCGUUGAUAGCUGCAAUUCCUCUUCUUUCUCGGGCUGUGAGCCUUCAGGCUUUAACGGCGAUAUUGGGUCCCACUACACCAAUAAUUUCUCUCAUCAUGACGUUCAUCUUGGCAGCGAGCUUUGUGUGCCGUAUGAUGAUUUAGCGGAGCUAGAAUGGCUGUCGAAUUUUGUGGAGGAAUCCUUUUCCAGCGAAGACUUGCAAAGGCUUCAGCUUAUUUCCGGCAUGAAAGCUCGGCCUGACGAAUCAUCCGAGACUCGACAAUUCCAAACUGAUGACAAUAACAAUGGCAAUGUCUCCAAUAUUUGUAACAACAACACAAUGUUCAAUCCUGAAAUGGCAGUCCCAGCUAAGGCUCGGAGCAAACGGUCUCGGGCAGCUCCAGGCAAUUGGGCCUCACGGCUUCUCGUACUCUCGCCUACGACUUCAUCAUCCGAGCCUGAAAUUAUUCCUGGCUCGACCCAACAUCCCAAUUCUGGGAAAAAGACAAUUAAGGGUGCGGUGGGGCUGAAGAAAAGGGACGGUGAUGUUGAAGGUGGUGAUGGUCGCAAGUGCCUGCAUUGUGCGACGGAUAAGACGCCGCAGUGGCGGACUGGACCCAUGGGCCCUAAGACGCUUUGCAAUGCGUGUGGUGUAAGGUACAAAUCGGGGCGGCUUGUACCUGAGUACCGGCCAGCAGCUAGCCCAACGUUUAUGCUUACGAAACACUCAAAUUCGCACCGUAAGGUGCUUGAGCUAAGGCGACAGAAGGAGAUGGUAAGGGCUCAGCAGCAACACCAGCACCAGCAAUAUCUUCAUCACCAUCAGAAUAUGGUGUUUGAUGUAUCCAACGGUGGUGGCGAUUACUUGAUUCACCAACAUGUGGGACCCGAUUUUAGGCAGAUGAUCUAGCAGUAGGGGUGCAGUUUAUGAUCAGGUGGGGUCUUGAGAGUUUAAUUAGUGGCGAAAUUCAUUAGUGAAUUUCGUUAUUUUUUUCUUAUGUGGUAGGGGCUAAUUUUCCCUAA